AUCCCUCCUGUGUCGGCCACAAGGCCGAUCUUCUUGACCAAGCAGCCUACUAGCACGGAAAGCAGUCCUUGUGACCUUCGCAUUAUCUACGAGGGUUGCUUGUCUAUAAUCAUAGCGAUUCAUCAGCACGUACACGUUGCCCUGCCAAAUCCUGUCGGCCCUGCCCUCCCCACCGUCCUUGCAUAGUAGUCGUACGAUCUGAGUUCGAACGGAUCCGUUUUCGGCAGUGUGCUUUGAAAGCGAGUGGUUACGUAUAGUGUAUAACCAAGAGGUCGUCAACAUGCCCCCUCCAUAGAGUCUGAUGAGUUGAGACUCUACGAGUCCAGACCGCGUGUCCAGCGCUACCGCUGAGAGACUAAGUGAUAGCCAUGGAAUGACGCGGCCUUUCUAUGUUAUAACUUCCCUGCUCCAGGCGACGCUGCUCAAUUACGUUGUUUAAGAGACGCUGUCUACGGUUCGGGCGAAGCUUUGACUCGCUAGAGCUCAUUGCCGAUCUGCUUGCAACUUUGGAGUAGACAUUAGCCGGACCUAACACAUUAGUAAAUGGCAGCGGCGACCUUUUUAGCAGUAGCGCUUCUAGCGCAGGUGUCAGCCGCCGCCGCCGCGUCAGCGAGCGCGUCGUCGAUGGGUCCGAUCCCUUCGGGCGUGGCGAACACGAGUCUUUACCUCCUCCCCAACAACGACCUCGGCGCGAAAUGCCUCGACGGCAGCCCCCCCGGGUACUACUUCCGCCCGGGCUUCGGCAACGGCGCCAAGUCGUGGCACAUCCACCUGCCCAUCGGCGGUUGGUGCGCGACGCUGGAGGACUGCGCGGAUCGCGCGCGCACGCCGCUGGGGAGCACGCGCAUGCAGGGGGACAAGACCUGGCGGUGGUCCAAGUUUCUAAGCAAGGGAAUGAUGAGCCCCAAGGCGAAAGCGAAUCCACUGUUUUUCAGCUGGAACUUCGUAAUGCCCGUGUACUGCGACGGAGGAGGGUUUCAAGGGAAGGCGGGGUUGAGAGCGGUGGAGGGCGGUUCGUCCGUGUACCUCGACGGCCGGAAGGUCCUUCGCGCGAUUUUACGAGAUCUGAUGACGACACGUGGCAUGUCGUCGGCCUCCCAGCUGCUCCUCUCGGGAGCCUCGGCGGGCGCGCAAGCGGUCACGACCUUCUGUGACUAUAUCGCGGGGCAGCUGCCGGGCGCCACCACCAAAUGCCUAAUGGACUCGGGCGUGUUUAUUGACGCGCGCGACCGCAAGGGCGGGCGGCGGUUCCGCUCAGUGGCGCAGAAGCUGGUGGCGGUGCACCAGUUCCAAGGCAGCGACCGCUGCAGCGCGGAGUACAACUCCAGCACGCAGUGGCGCUGUUUCUUCCCCCAGUACUCCCUCCGCUUCGUCUCUCGCCCAGUCUUCAUUGCCAAUUCCCUCUUCGACCGCCACGCCGCCGUCAUUGGUAACCAGAUGCCACUUGAUUUCACAUACGCCGACACAUGUCUUUCGGAGCUCCUGGCACAGCCAAUCACAGUCGGCCAGCUUCAGAGCGACAGCAUGCGCAGCGCCAUCCCUGUCGCACAGAAGCCGAUGCAGCACUGUACAGAUGCAGAGAGGGAUUCGGUGCUUUCCGUUGCGGUGAAUGUGCUGAAGACUGUGGAAGACUAUGUGAAGGCCCACCCACAAUCGGCGGCGUUUAUGCCGGGGACUUAUGAUCACGGGUUCACUUUUGUGGGCCUUUGGAAUAAGAUGAACGUGAAAGGGGCCAGGUUACGAAAUGCUGUUACAGCAUGGUACAGGGGGACGGGGCUCAAGAGCAAUCUAAUUUAUUCAUAAGGUGGAUCUAUGCAUUAUGAGGUGUCCAUGGAACACGCCUUAUAGUGGUGAAUGUUGCUGUUAGUUGCAAGGCUUGGUGUUGUCGAUUUAAUAGGCAUGGUUUAGCAUUCCUGCAAUGAUUUGGAGUUAGCGACGAACUAGAAGCAUUUCCCUACAAUAGC